CUUUUUCCCAAAUUCCCAUAUUUUGUUUGUUCCUUUCAAUUUGUAAUGCUACAAUCUCCUUAUAUAUCAGCCUCACUUGAGCUCACACACAUCCCCAGUACCUCAACCAACAUAUAUACACUACUCAUGGAGAGAAUUUGUUUUUCAUUUCCCUUUUUUGUGGCACUUCACAUGGUACAAUGUUAUAUGGCAAGCCCAGAUGUUGCAAAUGUUCUUAACAUUGCCACCGAUCAAUCAGCUCUUCUUGCCUUAAAAGCUAGUAUUUCUUAUGAUCCUCAUAAUGUUUUGACAAGCAACUGGUCUACCGGCACCUCUGUUUGUAAUUGGAUUGGUAUUACUUGUGGUUUUCAUCAUCAUCGAGUCACAGCCUUGAACCUUUCUUACAUGGAUCUCACAGGUACCAUUCCUCCGCACAUAGGAAACCUUUCAUUUCUUGUUAGUCUAAGUCUCAUAAACAACAGUUUUCAUGGAUCUGUGCCCAAUGAGUUGGCUCGUCUUUACCGGUUGCGUUACUUAUCUUUGAAGUCCAAUGACUUCAGUGGAGAAAUUCCUUCAUGGAUGGGGCUGUUAUCCAAACUUCGACUUUUGUCUCUAGAUAAUAACAGUUUCACAGGCAGUAUUCCACCAUCUCUAUGUAACAUAUCUUCAUUGGAGGCAAUAAGUUUUGGAUCUAACAAGCUUUCGGGCUCUAUUUCUUUGUUCAAGUGCAAACGACUGCAACAUUUAUAUUUAGGGUAUAACUAUUUCACUGGAAGCGUACCUUCAGAAAUUGGAAACUUAAUCAUGCUCAGAGAAUUAUACCUUCAUGGUAACAACUUUAGAGGAAGUAUACCUUCAGAAAUUGGAGCCUUAAGUUUGCUGACAAAGUUAUACCUUCACGACAACAAUUUUGAAGGUGCAAUACCAAGUGAAAUUGGUAAUCUACAAAACCUUGAGAUCUUUGCUAUCAGUGAGAACAAAUUUAUGGGGCAAAUUCCGUUUGAGAUAUUUAAUAUCUCAACAAUUCAAAUAAUUGGUAUGUCUUUUAAUAUGCUCUCCGGACAUCUUCCAUCAAAUAUAGGCAUUUUCCUUCCAAAUCUUCAACAUCUUUAUGUUUCUCAUAACACACUGAGUGGAACAAUACCUAGCUCUAUCUCCAAUGCUUCACAACUCACAGAACUAGAUCUGCGCUUCAAUGCAUUCUCGGGCUUAAUUCCUAAAUCACUUGUAAAUUUAAGGCUCCUUCAGUGGCUCAACCUAGCAGGAAAUAAUUUGACCAUUGAAUAUUCCACUCCAGAUUUCAACUUUUUCUCUUCUUUGUCAAAUGUUGCAUAUCUAACAUUUUUAGACUUGUCAUAUAAUCCACUUAACAGUGUCCUUCCUAGUUCCAUUGGAAAUCUCUCCACUUCUCUUGAAACACUUCACAUUGAUAAUUGCAAUAUCAAGGGAAGCAUUCCAAGAGAGAUAAGCAAUUUAAGCAACUUGGUUACUUUGUCCCUACAGCUCAAUGAAUUGGCUGGACCUAUUCCAACUACAGUAGAAAGAUUGCAUAAGCUUCAAGGUCUCUAUCUUGAUAAUAAUGGACUAGAAGGUUCCAUCCCAUCUAAUCUUUGUCAUUUAGAGAGCUUGUUUGAGUUGUAUUUAGAUGCUAAUGAGCUUUCUGGUCCUAUUCCUACAUGUGUAAAUAACAUGACUUCUCUAAGAGUCCUUUACUUAGAAUCCAACAAUUUAACUUCCAUGAUUCCCUUGAGCUUGUGGAGCCUUAGGUAUAUUUUGGAGGUCAGACUCUCAUCAAAUUCUCUAAGUGGCCCUCUCCCAUUCGAGAUUGGAAACUUGAAGGUCUUGAGAGUACUAAUGUUAUCAAGAAAUCAACUGUCUGGCGAUAUCCCACCAACAAUUGGUGGCCUCAAAGAUUUAGCUAACCUUUCCUUGGCAAACAAUCGAUUAGAAGGCUCAAUUCCUGAAUCAAUUGGUGGACUUGUAAGCUUGGAAUUUUUGGAUCUUUCCAAUAACAAUUUAUCUGGCGAGAUUCCCAAGUCUUUAGAAUCACUUUCAUACCUCAAAUAUCUAAAUGUCUCUUUCAAUAGACUACAAGGAAAAAUUCCUGUAGGAGGACCAUUUGUAAACUCCUCUGCUGCAUCAUUUAUGUCAAAUGAUGGACUUUGUGGUGCUCCCCGACUGCAAGUUUCUCCAUGUAAAGUAGGUGUUUCUCGAUCAAAAAAGACUACAAUUGCACAUAUACUAAAGUAUGCAUUACCAACAAUUGGGUUAACAAUACUUGUAGUAGUUGCUCUUGUAUUAGUGUGGAUAAGAUGCCAAAAACAGAAUAAGCAAAUUCCAGUAGAAGCAAACUCUAUACCGCUAGCUACAUGGAGGAGAAUUUCUAAAGAAGAACUUUUACAAGCAACAGAAGGGUUCAAUGCAAGCAACUUACUUGGUAAAGGGAGUUUUGGAUCAGUAUACCAAGGGACACUCUCAGAUGGAAUAAUUGUUGCAAUAAAAGUUUUCAACUUGGCAGUAGAAGGGGCGUUCAAGAGUUUUGAUACAGAGUGUGAGGUAUUGCGCAAUAUUCGUCAUCGAAAUCUUGUCAAAAUCAUCAGCACGUGUAGUAACAUGGACUUCAAAUCUUUUGUAUUGGAAUACAUGCCUAAUGGAAACCUAGAGAAAUGGUUGUAUUCUCAAGACCAUUGUUUGAGUGUCUUACAAAGACUAAAUAUAAUGAUCGAUGUCGCAUCAGCACUCGAAUAUCUUCAUCAUGGUUAUUCAACACCUAUUGUUCAUUGUGAUUUGAAGCCGAGCAAUGUCUUAUUAGAUGAAGAUAUGGUCGCACAUGUGGCUGAUUUUGGAAUUGCCAAACUGUUAGGUGAUGGAGAUUCUAUGAUGCGAACCAUAACUCUUGCUACUAUUGGGUAUAUGGCACCAGAGUAUGGAUUGGAAGGAAUUGUUUCUACAAGAGGCGAUGUCUAUAGUUAUGGUGUUUUGCUGAUGGAAACUUUCACAAGAAAGAAACCUACCGAUGAUAUGUUUGUUGGAGAAAUGAGCUUGAAGCGUUGGGUAGAGGAAUCUUUACGCCUUUCAGUAAUUAAAGUUGUUGAUGCCUAUUUGUUGAGAACCGAAAGAGAUUAUGCUUCUAUGGAGAAUUGUAUGUCAUCCAUAAUGGGAUUGGCUUUGCAGUGUUGUGCUGAGUUACAUGAGCAAAGGAUUAAUGCAAAAAGUAUUUUAAUCACACUAAACAAGAUCAAACUGGAGUUUCUACAAGAUACUAAAGGAAGAAGCUAGUUAAAUGAGAACAUCAGGUUUGUUUAUAUCUCUUUCAUGUUUGUGCUUUUGAAAUAAUAUAACUCUCUUGAGACCUAUAACUAGUCUCUUAUAUGAGAACAAGAUAAGAUAUUUAUUUAUAGCCAUUGCUUUGUUGUGGUAUAUAAUAGUAACAUUUAUAAGUGGUAUAGCUAAUGGUUGUAGUGACCUAUAAUUACUCGCCAAUGGGUAUUCUAAGUUAGUCUCAAAGUGUUAAUGGCAACAAAAUCAUUAGCUUCUCUCUCAGGACACAAAUGAUAUAUAGCAAUUGUGGGAUUGUGCUAACAGAUGUGUCCUUGUCUGUAGAUAUUGCCCCCAACAUGCAUCAUGUGGGGGAGGAAGGGGGUUGGUUAUCAUUUAUCCUCUGAAGUUGUUAUCAUUUAUCCUACUGUAUUGUGCAAUAAAUGACGUUCAUCAGCAAAA